AUGUGGUAUUUCAUCUGUUUUCUAUGUUCGACUGUUGUUCUAACGUACAGCGCCGAUGAAGAUUAUGUGACGUGUGGUUCAGUUAUAAAACUGCGAAAUAACAAAGAUGGUCUGAGACUGCACUCACACGAUGUGAAAUAUGGCUCAGGAAGUGGUCAACAAUCAGUGACUGGAAUGGCCGAAAGUGACGAUGUGAACUCACAUUGGCAAAUCAUACCUCCAAUAAAGGGUAGCUGCAGACGAGGUGAUGAAAUCAAGUGCGGUGACAAAAUUCGUUUGAUGCACUUGACGACCAAAUGCCUUUUGCACAGUCAUUUGUUCAAUGCACCACUCUCGAGGAGUAAUCAAGAAGUGUCGUGUUUCGGUAAAGAUGGUGAAGGAGAUACGGGCGAUCAUUGGGUGGUGAUGUGCAAUACAGAUGAGUGGCUGCGUGAUGAGCCGGUCAGGCUGAAGCAUGAGGAUACAGGUAAAUUUUUGGCCUCAAGUGGUCAGCUAUACGGAAGACCAAUCAGUGGGCAAGGUGAAAUAGUUGGAGUUUCGUCACCGGGCAGUUCGUGCUAUUGGAUCACUUCAGAAGGCGUUUAUAUGAGUAAAUCCAAAGAGCCUUCUUCAACUUCUUCACAUACGGAAUUAUAG